UUCACCCUUCCGCCGGUGCUCAGUCCACUUCACUACCCUUCACCGCACACCAACCAAACCCCUUCGCCUCCCACCGACGCCACCUUGAAGAAGAGGAGAAGAGAGAGGCAGAGGCAGAGACCUUAUCUGCUCGCUUCUGUACCAUGGCGUCCAAGCUGGUCCUCGCCCUCGUCUUCGUCUUCGACGUCAUCGCCUUCGCCCUCGCAGUCGCCGCCGAGCAGCGCCGCAGCACGGCAAAGGUGGUGACGGACUCGGAGAACACCUACAACUACUGCGUGUACGACUCCGACAUCGCCACCGGCUACGGCGUCGGCGCCCUGCUCUUCCUCCUCCUCAGCCAGGCCGUCCUCAUGGUCGUCAGCAAGUGCUUCUGCUUCGGCCGCUCCCUCGGCCCCGGCGGGCCCCGCGCCUGCGCCCUCCUCUUCUUCCUCCUCUCCUGGUUAACGUUUGUGAUAGCGGAGGCGUGCUUGCUCGCGGGAUCGGUGAGGAACGCGCACCACACCCGCUACCGGAACAUGUUCUUCGACGGCAACCUGUCGUGCGAGACGGUGCGCAAGGGCGUCUUCGCCGCGGGCGCUGCCUUCGUCUUCUUCACUGCCAUCCUCUCCGAGCUCUACUACGUGACCUACGCCAAGGCGGCCGGCGACUCCAUCAUCCCGUCGUACGGCGGCUCUGUCGGCAUGAGCUCCUACCACUAGAUCUCCUCCAUUGACUUGGAUUGCUUGUUUCUAUUGGUUCUUGCAGGCUACAUCGCAGUGUCUCUUUUUCCCUUUGCUCAAACUUGCUUGUAUGAUCUACUCCAUGAAUCUUAAGCACAUUAGCACA